UCCUGUCGCCGCCAUUUUUCACGCGUUGUGUGUGUUGUUUUUCACUGUGUUUAUUUUCUCGGAACUGUGCCGCAGCGGCGUAGGCAUUUGAAAUUGAAAUAUUUCAGCAUAUUUGUAAUUCUCCCAACGUAGCAGACGCGAUGUCGAAACAAAGUAUUCCCCGAGAGCAAAUCGUCAGCAACAGCAAGCGGGACGUUAAGGUAAAGCAAAAGCGUAAAAAUGCGCACCAGGUGCGUAAGUACUUUCUGCCCGCUGGUGAAACAAAGCAAAAGUGCACCUUUUGCGGGUGGGAAACGCGUGAAAAUGCUACACGAAUGGUGCAGCACAUCGUGCAACGGUGUAAUGAAGCGUCCGCGGAAGCACGGGAGGAAAUAUCGGCCUCGGUGGUGGACGCAGAAGAGCGGGAGCUGCAAUCGUACUACACAUCACACAACAAAAAGGCGGUGCAUGACUUUUUCAAAUCGGUCGACAAUGAUCGGAAGCGUCAGUGUGUGUUCUGCCGAUGGACCACCAUCCUGAACCUGACGCGGAUGCGCUACCACAUCCUGCAGAUGUGUAACUACGUGCCGCCGGAGGUCCGUCAAAGCUUUAUGAAGCAGGAAUACACGGAUUCGGACUCGCAGUGCGACACGUACUGCAUCGUGAACGUGGACGAUGGCGAUCGGAAGGGGCUGAAACUGGUAUCGAGCAGCAUGCUGGAUCACUCCGACACUGCAUUGGUUGAGGAGGUGGUGCUCGAGACGGAAGACUUCGUUAAUCAAGAAGAGGUGGACGCGUACUAUGGGGAAAACGACGGAGAAAAAAUUGUGCCCGACCAGCUGGAGGAGGAAGAUAAUCUGCAAAUAUUGAACCAAUUGAACAACGAGACGGAGCUGGAAAUGGUAGAUUGCGAAAAUGCAAGCGAAGAGGAAACGCUCUCGAGCGCUCUUAAAAAUGAAGACACUCGGUUGAUCAAUGUUUCGGACCGAUACUAUACAGUCAGCAAACGCAACGUCAGAGAACGAUCGCCUCACGUCGCGGAAGAUCACGGUGGCUCGAAAAAAAUAAGAACGGAAAUGCCUGUACCUCGAAAUGAUAAAAACCUGAGAAGAACUGCUACUGUAAAGGUAUUGCGCGCCGUGACUCCGCAAACAUCGCGGGACCAACAAGUGCGGAAGUUCAGAACGGGGUUGACUUCCAGCACUCCGAACAUUAAACAAGCUAUCGCUGUGCAGAAGGAAAAGCAUGCAAAGCAAUCAUCUCCUCGCGAUAGGGAUCAUCAGCCAGUGCAAAGAAACGAAAAGCGGGAUGAAACUCCAACACCACCACGGCAAAAGGCGGCUGCCAUCGUGCCAAGCUCUCCGCAGCCAAAGAAUUCCGUAUCAGCAACCUCGACAUCGCUCCAGAAUAUCUCUCGGCAGGAAAGCGAUGCCGCCGUGCCGGAAGAGCAAGGAUCCUGCCAUUCGUUCGGUGGGGGCCAUGUGUACCCGCAGGAAGCACCCCGAUUCGUUGACCACAAGCUCCAGUACACGAAGGCAGUCAUCUCACGUCCAGCACCAGAGUUCGAAGCUACGGCCGUAGUCGAGGGAGCAUUCAAGAAGAUCAAGCUGUCGGACUACCGUGGGAAAUAUUUGGUGUUUUUCUUCUACCCGCUCGACUUCACGUUUGUGUGUCCGACAGAAAUUCUCGCCUUCUCCGAUCGGGUGAAUGAGUUCAAGAAGCUAAACACGGAGGUAAUUGCGGCCAGCAUUGAUUCCCACUUCACCCACCUCGCGUGGAUCAACACGCCACGGAAGGAGGGUGGACUUGGCAAGAUCAACAUUCCACUGGUGAGCGACAUAACGCACAGCAUCUCGAAGGAUUACGGCGUCUUUUUGGAUGAUUUGGGCCACACCCUGCGUGGUUUGUUUAUCAUUGACGAUCGCGGUGUGUUGCGACAAAUUACGAUGAAUGAUCUUCCGGUUGGGCGAUCCGUGGAUGAAACGUUGCGAUUAGUACAAGCAUUCCAGUACACGGACAAGCAUGGAGAGGUUUGUCCUGCCGGAUGGAAACCAGGCCAAGAUACGAUUGUCCCGAACCCGGAAGCAAAAAUUAAAUAUUUUGAGAAAAACCAUUGACAGUGGGAGGAUGCAUUUAGUACACGAUUGGUUUUUACUUUACAAAGUGCUGUAAGUGAGAAGCUCGUAUGUUGCCAACGAAAACAAUCAGCCAGGUGGAUUGAUUACAGAGCGAUCUCCACGAAUAUUGAAACACAAAAGAGAGAAUAAAAUUUUACUUAAUCUCCGAAUUUGGUA